UCCUCCUCCUUUCAUUUUCUUGUGUUUCUUCCUUAUCUCGAAAGACUGCAAGCCGUCACUAAAUUACUGAUUCUCUGUGCUCCGGUUCUGUUAUUUGUCUCCUCCAUGCAGAUUUACGUCUUGAUUUUGCAUUGCACAGGAGAUUAAACGUUUUCCAAACCUUCAACAAUAAAUUCUAAGGUAGUUGGCAUCAUGGACCCAAAUUUAAAGACUUCACCGCCUGAUAGUUCUGAUGCAAAAGCCGCAUUUCGUAAGCCUUCUAAUGACACUUCUAGUCGACAAUACAGGCGUCGUACUCCAGUUAGCGGGCUAUCUUCAGCUGAAGGAAGUUCCCCUCAGCGUGAUCGCAGUGUUAGUCCCAUGCUUUAUAGGGAUGAUCUGGAAAAAAGUGCUGAUACUCGACCUGGAAGAGAUGGGAGAGAACUAGAUAGGGAUUCUACUAGGAAUCAGUAUAGUAGAAAUGGUGAUUCUUAUAGAUAUUCUGAUCGACCGUCUUCCAGGAGUUCUCAUUGUUAUCCCAGACAUGAUGAUUAUGUUAGGCAUGACAAACGGGGAGAUGAAGAUAGCAAGUACGAUAGAUUUUCCUCUCGUGCUGAUCGAGAAUCAAGAAUUAGCGGUCAUUCUGAUCAUCCAAGACAUGUAAGUGACCGUAGUAGGUCAAAAGACUAUUCACAAAAUGCUGACAAAUAUACUCGUGAUAGAUAUGAUGGUGCUGGACACAGAAGCAAGGGCAAGGAGAAAGAAUCACCUUUUCUAGAGUGUACUAAAUAUAAGGACAAGGAUUCAUCUUUUGACAGGGUCGGCUUUGUUAGGAAACAUGGCAACUUUAUCUCUGAAGAGAUUGAUAGAGAUCGAAGGUGCGAAAGGGGUGGUCGAGAUGAAAAAGUAGACUAUCAUAGAAGCUCGAGAGAUAAAAAAGGAAAUUACACAUCUUUUGAAGAGUCGAGGGGCCAUCGGAAUGACUCGUCUUCUGGGCGGGAGAGGGACACUGAUAAACGUCACCCUAAAGAAGGUUACAGGAGUGGGCUGGAGGAUUUAGAUGGCCUGAAGCCUUUCAAAAAAGAGAGAAUGAACUAUGAUGAAGGGGAAGUUAAUGUGGUAAAGAAGGAUAGGUUUGGUAGAGUAGGGAAGGAACAGUUUGAAGACAAGUCUAUAUUUGACAGUAAAAAUCAGGAGCCUCUAGCAAAGAGGUCGAAAUUCUUUAGCUUGGGCAAGGGCUCUGAUUAUGAUAAGGAUGAGGGGUUAAGUUUGGAGCAAACUGAGGAGACUGUUGAAAGAGUGACCAUUGGACCGGUCCAUAGCAGUGUUGUUGACACCACCAAUGACGUGAAUGCUGCAAAAUUUACUGCAAUGAAAGCCGCUGAAUUAGUUAAUAGGAAACUCAUUGGGGCAGGCCAGAGUAAUAUGACUACAGAGCAGAAGAAGAAAUUGCUGUGGGGGGGAAAGAAAAGCAGUCCUGCAGAAGAGUCAGGUCAUCGCUGGGAUACUGCACUAUUUGGUGAUCGUGAGCGACAAGAGAAGUUCAAUAAACUCAUGGGUGUGAAAGGGGAUGUUAAGGUGGACCAUAAAGCCGACAAUCAAGAUGCAGAGAAGCAGCAUGAACUCCAGCUGGAUUUGGAGAAGCAGUACACUGCUGGACUUCGGCGGAGGGAUGGUCGUACUGUUGGAUUAGGUCUUUAAGAAUCAAAGUUGGAAACUUAUGGUGCUGCGAAGGGGAAUGCUUUGUGACUUUCUGGUCUACAAGCAUUUUGAAGAAAAAUGUGGUUUGUGUGAUGUUUUAGGUAUCCGCAGAUGGCUCUUAAUCUUUUUGCCUUUAAAUAUUAUUAUAAAUAAUCUGUUUAAUUCUCUGGUACUGUAUCGUGUUUAUUGUUUUCCAUAGUAGGAAAAAUCUAGGGUACG